AUGAUCUCUGCUGGGACAAGCUUCUUAUCGGUAAUCGCUGCGUUGCUGUCUACCAACAGUAUGGUGAACGACCUACCCGAUCAAAACUUGACAAUGGUCGCGGCUACCAAGUAUCAGCUGUUCUUGGACAUUUUGCGCGUGAUCGAUACGUGCUUCACCGCUAACCGUGGUUUGCCGCUACCAAAAAAGCUUAUGUUGAAUCGGUACUUCAGUAUCAUGUACCAACGCGCCAAAGAAAUCUUCAUGUUCAACCAAUUUGCGGAUCUUGAUGCGCAGAUCAAGACGGACCACGGCGAUAUCGCGAGCCACUAA